AUGUGGAACUAUGUGAAUAGCGAAAUGAUCGAAUUGAAAAAAAUUGGUAACCCUGGGAGUGCAAAUUUUUCGGUGCAGAUUGAUGCAAUUAUAAAUGCGGCAGCUGAACAAAAGAACUCAUUGCUGCAUGACUUGGACCAAUUGGCCGAAGUGGAUGGCUAUGAAGCCUGGAGAUUGAAAGAAGCCGCAGAAUUGAGUGAUUUGAUGCAGAGGCGAUUACAUCAUCUACAAAAUCCAGAAGACUGUGAAAUUUUUCGUGGCGGCUUUUAUUUAAAAAAUAUUUGUGGCUGCGAACUCCAUCACGUCGUAUACUGCCUAAUAAUGGCCUACGCGACCGAACGAACUCUGAUAUUAAAUUCCAAAGGUUGGAGAUAUCACGAAGCUGGCUGGGAGGAUAUUUUUGAACCGAUAUCCGAUACAUGUCUCACAUCUGAGGGAGCAUCAUACGGCACAUGGUCUAACGACAUACAAAAUACUCAAGUGGUCGAUAUUCCAAUGAUGGGUUAUCUGAAUCCACAAACACCUUUCCUUCCACAGGUGAUACCAGAAGAUCUUGCACCACGUUUAACGCGUUUGCACGGCGAUCCAUUUGCAUGGUGGGUGGGACAGUUUCUAAAGUAUUUGCUUCGGAUGCAGCCGCAAACUCACAAUAUGGUGGACGGUCACCGUCAAAAAUUGGGUUUUACGAAACCAAUCGUUGGAGUACACGUUCGUCGAACGGAUAAACUUACGCAAGUGAAAUCGCACAACGUUGAAGAGUAUAUGAUUUGGGUGGAAGACUACUUCAACAGGUUGGAAUUGUCUCAACCGGUGGUUAAGAGACGUGUUUUUCUGGCCACAGACGAUCCGAAAGUUAUUGAAGACGCUCGCAAGAAAUAUCCAAAGUAUGACAUUAUCGGCGAUCCUGAUGUGGCUCGCACAGCGGCUAUUUCGACUAGAUACUCCAACUCGUCAUUGAAUGGCAUUAUCUCAGACGCUCACUUAUUGUCAAUGUGUGAUUACGUAGUCUGUACAUUCAGUUCACAGAUUUGUCGUAUGGCUUACGAAUUUAUGCAAACGAUGUAUCCGGACGCUUCAAAUCGAUUCAAAUCGGUGGACACAAUUUACUUUUUCUAUGGCGAAAAGGUUCAUAGUCGAGAAGCGGUUAUUUCGCAUCGAGCUAAAAACACAAUCGAACUUUCCAUGAACGUAAGCGAUACGCUGAGAAUAUUCCAUAAUCUUGGCAACGGAUUUUCUCAGGGAAAAUCUCUACAGACAAAUCAGACCGGCAUAUUUCCGUCAUUUAAAGUUGUCAAUAAGGUUGAAACGGCUGACUUUCCAAAAUAUAUGAAUAUCAACUAGAAACAACUGA